ACAUUUACAUACUUCCGCCCAGGCGGUUGAUUCAAGAGGAGUGAAAGACUUGAAUUUAUAAACAAUUUAACAAACAAUAAAAUACAAUGGCAGACGGAUUGAAGCUUCUCACGGACGAAAAAGAAAUAGUUCUUUUCGUUGAACACCAACGUCUAAAGACAUUUCAGAAAUGGCCAAAUGACCCUGAUUGGACCUGUACCCCUGAAAAGCUGGCGGCUGCUGGGUUCUACUUCCGACCAAGUCCUGAGGCCCCGGACAACGUUUGCUGUCCUUUCUGCAACAAGGAACUGGAUGGUUGGGAGCCUGAUGACGACCCGUACCAAGAACACAAGAAGCACUCUCCGAGAUGUUCCUUCUUGCUCCAGAGGAAACCGAUUGAAGACCUGACCGUGACAGAGUUUACCCGCAUGUUGAUGAACAUAGCAAUUCUCAGAACCGAAAAGAUCUUUGACCACAAGGCAAAAGAACUCGAAGCGGCUUCAGCGGAAGCAAGAAAGUUGAUUAUAGAAAAUAAUGUUGUGUAAUGUAAGAAUGCAUAUCCUUUGUUCCUAUGGGUUUGAUGUAAAAACAAAGAUGUACCUGAAUACAUACUAUGUUGCUGUUUUCU